UUGUUCAUGAACGACCGUAACUAAAGACUCAUGAAUUGGCGCGCAGCGUCUUUAUUCUGCGUGUUUUCGAUAUUAUAUCGUGCAAAUGGUGGCAAUCGCAAUGUUUUGUUCGAUGUUUCUUAAAAAUUAACCGAACUUGUUUUACGUUGUGCGCAAUAGAAAUAAGAACAACGUUUGUUUCUUGUUUCUGUACACGUAAAAGCUCGCGAUCGACAUGGUGAAGCUUCACAAGAAAUUUUUCACGGGUGAUAAGGUUUUCGCAAAAGUUCGAGGUUAUCCGCCGUGGCCAGCAAGAGUUGAGAGAGUUAUUGAUCCUAAUUCGAAGAAUGCGAAAUACAGUGUUUAUUUCUACGGCACAGGAGAAACUGCUGUGUGUAAAGUUGAUGAACUAUAUACAUAUUUGGAACAUAAAGCAAAAUUUGGUAAACCUAGUAGAAGGAAGUUUUUCCAUGAGGGAUUGGUACAACUAGAACAAGAGCUAAAAAAUGACAGAAAUAAGGCAUCAAAUCUUGCCGACCUCAAAGAAGCUGGAAUUGGUGAAGGAGGAGGUAAAGAAGCUGAAACGAACGUACCAACAGUUAGUGCUGCAGACAGUGAUUUGGAAUCAGGAUCUCUUGUUAUUGAUGAGGAGGAGAAAAAGAAGUCUAUGAAAAGAAGGACUAUCGCUGGAACUCAUCCUGUAAAUCAUUUUUUUUACAUAUUUUCUUAUNAAUCCCUUUCAAAAUAUAAUUCAUUUUUUUUUCUUUUUUUUAAUGUGCAGGCCAUGUUUACCAUACCCGAAGGUCAGUCGUUUUGGCAAUCAUUUUCAGACCAAGUUGUCCAUUUCAAAGAAUUAACGAAGGACAUGCCUGAGGAGAAAGUAUUUUCUCUAAUGUCUGACCCUGCUUGUCCAGAUGCACCAGAGAUUAUACCAGCGGAUGAAAGUGGCAGUCAACCGGAUCCAGAAGCAUCUAUUGAGAGUGCUAAAUCAGAAGUGCCUACUAGGAGCGAAACUCCAAAGGACUCAGAGGCCAAGUAACGAAGCGAUGUUUUUGUAUCUGAUAAAUGUGAAAAACUACACUUAUUUUCUUUUUUACUGAUACGGCAUACCGUAUAACACGAAAAUCACGAAGAAGAGAAAUACGGAUUCACUUUUUCACGCAUAAAAUCACAUAUUCUAGAUAAAUCCGGACACUACGUAUAUUUAAUUCAAAUGGGUCUUCUAGUAAAAUUUUCUCGUUGUCAUUAUCUCGUCUACAAUAUUUAUAGUUAGGAAGCUCACUAUAUGGAUAAACAGUGUUUAAUCGGUUAAGUAUAUUAAAUGAAAUUGGUUAAUUAUAGAGCACUUAAGAAUGUUUAGAAUAGACAUCAUCAUUAUUUACCCUAUUCGAUAACAUAUUUCUUUUAUAAUUACAAUUCCUUCUACGUUCUUGGGCAACACCAAAAAAAUAUAUGUGUAUUCUUGAAGACUGCAUAGAUGUCUUCGUCGUCUAAUGUCAGUUAAACCUUGUCGACUUAAGUAGCAACAGAUAUCGAAUGUAUAUAUAAGAAGAAACAAAAUAUGAAAACAGCAAUACUUUUCUUGUUGGUUUCGAAAUAGAUAUGUGUUUGUAAUUAUUGGGAUAAUGAAUUUUGCUUAAUCUGUUGUGUGUUUCAUCGCACUUUAAAGGCAUAAUUAGAAUAUAUUACUACUAAAUCAGGAAGUGAGAAAAAUAAAAUUUUAAAUAAAUCUCAUCUAAGGAAUAUCCUAAAAGAUUAUAUAGAAAAUACUGUUUAAAUUCAAAUUUUUAGCUUAUUGAAAAAAACUGCGAUUGUAAUGUAAACUAGAAAUUACAUUUUUAUACGAAAAAAAAGAAUAUAAGUACAUAGAUUUUUGUCUCAUUGGUCAAUACCUUUCAGGGCACAAUGGUCAUUCAACGGUAAUUAUUUCCUUUCAAGGUACAGUUUCUAAUAGAUACCAUUAACAUGAAUAUACCUUCAUAUACAUUUGUCGAAAAACAACAAUAUUGUAAAUGUAACAUUGUUAAUAAAAUACAAAAUUGAAACAUU